AUGAGCAGGUGUUUUAUCGAGCUUCAGUUUAGGUUUAUUUACUGUUCCGGGAAAUUGCUAGAAGCCGUGAAUAUUCACAAACUGGAGCUAGACUGGAAAACUUUUGUGGAUAGACCAAUGAAAAAAGAUCCAAAAAUGAUUCAAAAACAGUUUGAGAAGCAAUUUGGUAAGCAGAAAGUGGAGGAUAUCAAUCCGCAAGAACUACUUGCUUUUCGUGAUCUUUAUUUUGAUGAGCCUGGAGCAGAACUUGAGCAAUGUACACCAACAAACUGGCAAAACUAUCCACCGAAAAUUAUGAUGAUUGAAAAUAAAGAACUAAGAGAAUUCGCUUUAAACUUGAACGAGCGCUGGAAAUUACUGUGCAGACGUGUAAGUUUUGUCAAAGCUCGAAGCUAUCCAGCGCUUAGCAUAAAAUAUGCUUUUAUGCUGUGCAGCAGCUACACAAAGCUCGUACUGUCACGAAAAUCUGCGUGUGUGUAUGUGUGUCCGGGUGCAUUUUGUCCGCAACUUUCAACUCCACCCCUACAAAAGCUAGGAGGCUGAAA